AUGCCUCCCGCUAUGCGCCUAGCGACCUCCACCAUGAGGGCCUCCCUGAAGGCACCCUCGGUUUUUUACAGAAACACCGCCUUCACGGCCGCCAGAUGCUACUCCUCCAAGAGCCAGACAUUGAAGGAGCGCUUUGCCGAGCUUCUGCCUGAGAAGAUUGAGCAGAUCAAGGCGUUGAGGAAGGAGCACGGUUCCAAGGUCAUCGACAAGGUCACUCUCGACCAAGUAUAUGGCGGCGCUCGUGGCAUCAAGUGCUUGGUGUGGGAAGGUUCCGUCCUCGACGCCGAGGAGGGUAUCCGUUUCCGAGGCAAGACUAUCCCCGAGUGCCAAGAGCUCCUGCCCAAGGCCCCCGGUGGCAACGAGCCUUUGCCCGAAGGUCUCUUCUGGCUUCUCCUGACCGGCGAGGUCCCCACCGAGCAGCAGGUUCGCGAGCUGUCGGCCGACUGGGCUGCCCGCUCCGAGAUCCCCAAGUUCGUUGAGGAGCUCAUCGACCGCUGCCCCACCGACCUCCACCCCAUGGCCCAGUUCUCGAUGGCCGUUACCGCCCUCGAGCAGACCUCGUCGUUCGCCCGCGCCUACGCCAAGGGUGUGCACAAGAGGGACUACUGGGGUUACACUUUUGAGGAUUCGAUGGACCUCAUUGCCAAGCUCCCCACCAUCGCCGCUCGCAUCUACCAGAACGUUUUCAAGGGCGGCAAGGUUGUCCCCGCUGAGAAGGACAAGGACUACGCCUACAACUUCUCUAACCAGCUCGGCUUCGGCAACAACACCGACUUCAUCGAGCUCAUGCGUCUCUACCUCACCAUCCACACCGAUCACGAAGGUGGCAACGUCAGCGCCCACACCACCCACCUGGUUGGCAGCGCCCUCAGCUCUCCCUUCCUGUCCCUGGCUGCUGGCCUGAACGGUCUCGCCGGCCCUCUGCACGGCCUCGCCAACCAGGAGGUGCUCAACUGGCUUACGGAGAUGAAGAAGGUCGUCGGUGACGACCUCAGUGAUGAGGCUAUCACGAAGUACCUCUGGGACACCCUGAACAGCGGCCGCGUCGUUCCCGGCUACGGCCACGCCGUCCUCCGCAAGACCGACCCGCGUUACUCUGCCCAGCGCAAGUUCGCUCUGGAGAAAAUGCCCUCGGACCCCAUGUUCAAACUGGUCAGCCAGGUCUACAAGAUCGCCCCCAAGGUUCUUACCGAGCACGGCAAGACCAAGAACCCGUACCCCAACGUCGAUGCCCACUCUGGUGUUCUCCUCCAAUACUACGGCCUGACUGAGGGCAACUACUACACUGUCCUCUUUGGUGUCUCGCGCGCCAUUGGUGUGCUCCCCCAGCUUAUCAUUGACCGCGCUGUUGGCGCCCCCAUCGAGCGCCCCAAGAGCUUCUCGACCGACAAGUGGGUCGAAAUCUGCAAGAAGCUGUAA